AUGCGAAAUGUAAUCUGGUAUGACAAUGUAGCCAUUAUUAAAUGGCGUCCUCAGGGAUGGGAAUGUAACCCUGGGAAAAGCAGUAUCAUCCCGUAUUCUGAUCUUUUUCUCUGUUCCAAGUUCAUCUUAGAUAUGAAGACAUUGUAUGUCAUACCCAGGGAUAACAGUUCAUUCCGCAAUAUGCAAGAGAGAAGAUCAAGCACCAAUGUAUUCGGCAAUAUGGAAGAGAGAAGAUCAAACACCGUGUCAAAAAAGAAGGUCAAGAUUAUUCCAGUCGAAACCCUGCCACCGAUUAUCUUAUACCAGACGCUCGAUAUAAAUUGUGUUUCUUGUGGUGUGACGAACUGCGGGGGUAGCAAGAAGUCACAACCAGGAGUUCGACCAUUAUGUCAAAAUCAUUUCAAAUACUUUGACAAACCGCGUGGAUGGCCACAUCCUGGAGACGUGCUGUAG